AUGGACACCUUCCAGAAAGACCUAUUCAAGGGCAAAGUCCUCUUCUGUACCGGAGGCAGGUCAGGGAUAUGCUACACUAUCACAGAGCAGAUGAUGCGUCUCGGAUGCUCUGCUGCGAUUGUUGGGCGAGACGCCAAGGGCCUGGAAGAGUCCGCUAGGGCGCUCGAGAAGUCUUCGGGCGGUAAGGGAAGGUGCAUCGCUACUUCUGCCGAUGUCCGAGACCCGUCUCAGGUCGGACGGGCGGUUGAAGCUACAAUCAAAGAGUUUGGGAAGAUCGACUUUGUCAUCUGCGGCGCUGCUGGAAACUUCCUCGCACCCAUCUCUACCCUCUCCGCCAACGCCUUCCGAACCGUGAUCGAGAUCGACCUUCUCGGGACAUACCACACCAUCAAGUCUACUCUCGCGCACGUUCGCAAGUCUCAGGGGAGCUACAUCCACAUCUCGGCGACGCUACACUACCGCGGAGUGCCUUUCCAGCCGCAUGUGGCCGCUGCGAAGGCGGGGGUGGACGCGCUGAGUCAAGCACUGGCGGUAGAGGAGGGGCCGAGGGGCGUCAGAAGCAACGUGAUUGCGCCUGGACCUAUCGGGGACACGGAGGGCAUGUCGAGACUUACGCCUAAAGGGUCAAACGUGGAGGCCCAGAUCCCUCUCGGACGCAUGGGCAAGAAAGAGGAUAUCGCUCAAGCCGCCACGUUCCUCUUCUCCCCAGCUGGAUCAUGGAUCACCGGCUCAGUAAUGGUGGUCGAUGGAGGCGAGAGCCACAUCAGGGCUCCGAUGCUGCCGUAUCCCUCUUCGGUGCUCGACCCAGACAGCGUCAAGAAUCUCGUCAAGGCGCGCAUGUAA